AUGCUUCGCAACGUCAUCAGGGCAGCAGCUGUGCCAAGGGUUCAGACACGUGUCGCCCUCCCCGCCAUGGCCCGCUCCAUCCAUAUCUCUUCCACAGUUCUGGCCCACAACACGAACGAUUAUCGUGCCAACCGCGAAAAGUUCCCUGAAGAUGACUUGUCGACCCGCUACACCCCCGGACAGGGACCAUCAGCCCUGGAUAACGCUUCCCAGGCUCUUUUGUUGACCGAGCUGGUCCGCGGUAUGUGGGUCGUCUUGGAGUCCUUCUUCAGACCUCCCUACACCCUCAUGUACCCCUUCGAGAAGGGUGCAUUGUCUCCCCGUUUCCGUGGAGAGCACGCCCUCAGACGCUACCCCUCUGGAGAGGAGCGUUGCAUUGCCUGUAAGCUUUGCGAGGCCAUUUGCCCCGCCCAGGCCAUUACUAUUGAGGCUGAGCCUCGUGAGGAUGGAUCCCGUCGCACGACCCGUUACGAUAUUGACAUGACCAAGUGCAUUUACUGCGGUUUCUGCCAGGAGGCCUGCCCUGUUGAUGCUAUCGUCGAGGGACCCAACUACGAGUACGCCACAGAGACACACGAGGAGCUUUUGUACAACAAGGAGAAGUUGUUGGCCAACGGUGACAAGUGGGAAGUUGAGUUGGCGCGCAACUUGGAGGCUGAUCACCUCUACCGUUAA